AUGGCCUCACCUCCCCGCGCGUUGUGCUUGCCGGCCGCAUCCUGGCCGUGCCCGUCGUUGCUAGCCGGCGCUGUCCACGCGCGCGACGCCGCGCCCGGUGCUGCUCACUGCUCCACGCGCGCGACGCCGCGCCCGGCGCUGCUCACUGCUCCACGCGUCGCCGCCUGUUGCAGCUCCGCCCGCGCCUGCCCACCUCCUCCUCUCAACACUGGCGGCCGCACUCACCCGGCUCCGUCGCCCCAUGGCCCCGUGCCUCGCCGCGCCUCGGCGCGCCUCGCCUCCGCCCGUGGCCGAGCCACCGCGUCCGCCCGCGCGCCACUGGUCGCACCGGCGCCAUCACUUGCCGUCCCGCUCCGCCGUGGCCUCGUCGGCGCCGCGCCGGUGCCCGCUCCGCGUCCCCUCGAUUCGGGCGGUUACGCUCGCCCAGAUGCGCCCCUGCGCCCGCUAACCCGCAUCGGCCUCCUGGCCCUAUGA